AUGCUGACUUGCUACCUAUUCCAGAUUAUCGAUCUCAAUAAUGUCCCCCUCGUGAACGGAACAGCAUAUGUGAAAUGGCGUCUACCUUCAACGAGCGCCACUGAACACCAUGGACACACAGAUAAGGCAGUGAUUCUGGACCACCGGGCAUACUGGAACUACGAGAAGACAUUGUCGGUGCGGCUUACGAUCGAUCGCAACCAGACCCUUCACGAAUGCGACAUCAACUUCGAGAUCAUUCAGGAAUUCGAGGCCGGAGCAACCGGAGAGGCGAGGAAUAUUCUGGGGAGGAUCCGACUGAACCUUUCCGAGUAUGUGGAGAAGAGUGAUGAUCAUGAAGGUGUCAUCAGGAGAUAUUUGAUGCAGGAGAGCAAGAUCAACAGCACACUAAAAAUCGCGAUAGCCAUGCACCAGGUGGAUGGCGAUCGCAAUUUCACAACACCGCCCCUGAAAUCGGCCAUGGUGUUUGGAGGAAUCGCCGGCGUGGUUUCUGCUGAACAGGGCGAUCCGGUGGAUUUAGGCCCCAUGCCCACCAUAAACACCCAGAGCAGAGAGGCUGCAGACAUGCAGGACAUGUAUCGCCGCACAUUAGCUGCUUCCUGGAAUGCUCGAUCGGACGACCUGCCGGCGGAUAAGCUGAUCGAAGAGCUAUUUUCAGGCUCCAUCAGUUGGAGCCAGGAUACCCACGAUGCACGGUCUGGGAGAGCAGCAGAGGACGACCCAUCGACUAGGAACGAUACAGGUGCAAGAUCCAGUACACCGAACCGACUAUCCCCUAGUUUCGAACGACGACCCAGAAGCUCCGGGAGUAACCAACUUCGCCACGAUGGUAGGGCGCCUGAAUAUCACUCCGCCAUAGGCCAUACAAGAAAGGCUGGGAGUAUUGAGCAGAAUCUUUAUAGUACUGCCAAGGCCAACGCAUGGAGAAAUCGCAGCAAUAGUGAUAACGAGUUGUCGGAGUUUGAUGUUCGUGAAGAUUUGAAGAGUUGGGAAAUUAGUAGUAAGGAGUGA